AAACACGCAUUUUAUUUGAUCAAUAUUUCUCAAUAUUUCAUUUAUAAGUAUGUUUAUAAAGGAAUUUUAUUAUCAAGCUAUCGAAAAGGCGUGUUAUCAGUAUAAAUGCUCGGGUAAGGUACGGAUUUUAAUCAAGUCAAUAAAAUCCCGAAGUACUUUCGCUUUCGGUUUAAUAAUAGUUGUUGACUAAGUAUUCAUAUAAUUUUACCCUUAUAAGCUAAUUCUUAUUUCAUUCUUUACGGAAAAUGAAUUUUUUCACUUUACCGAGGAAAAGGUGAAAAAGGUAAAUUCAAUUGAAUGGAACGUUAUGGCUGUUCUUUGAUUACAACGGAGACUUACCACAAACGUAGAUUAAGGAAAAUAAAGUUGUGAUGGCUGACCAGCUGAACGAGGAUUCGAAUAACACACAUCAAAAUCUGUCGUUAGGAAGACAACAAACAGCGUCGACACAUGAUCAGAUACGUCACCAAUCACCCCAUGGGGAUGUUAUUCAAGGAACGUUAUUACGGAAAUACUGCCGGGUUUGCAAAGACAACAAAUGUAAAUUGGAUGGUUAUAAAGUAGAAACAUUACUCUAUAUUCCAUUGGCUAUACGGUACUGUCUCAAGCCUGGUGAAGAAGACACUAAAUUUAACACUAAUUUUGAGUGUAACCUACAUGAAUAUAAUGUAUGGCAGUAUUUGAUGAAUUCCCCUCGCCAAUGUUCCAAAUUAAGCACAGCCUUCUCAAAUGGUAACCAAAGUGUUACAAUUCUUCCUAGCUUCAUGGUAGCCAUAAAUGUAUCCGUCAUUGACAAGGAACAAGCUAAAGAGAUUACAGAACAAGUUCUGAAAUAUGUUUUCAACAAACUAGGCCAAAUACUUGACGUGGAGGAAGUGAGUGUACUGGACGGCAACAUUAAAGGCAGUGUGCAAAAGCUAAAUGUAAUAUUUGACAAGGAGGUAGCGCAUGCUUCAAAAAUUGGAAAACGCAUUUUUAUUGUAUACCCACAUUCUGGAAAAGAAUGCGUUGAUAAAUGUCUUCGAGAAUACAAAGAUGAUUCACGGCAGAUAAUAGUGACGCAGACUUUUUGUCUAGACCGAGUCGUUAAAAGGUUCCCAACAGAGAUUAAUCGUUGCUUGAGUAAUCCAAGUAUAUCAUAUACUGUUGAAAGUGUUGAUAAUCAGUCUGUUUACACGUUGUCAGGUCCUGAAAGCCUGGUUAAAUCUGCUAUUGGGAAUCUUAGUUUAGUGAAAGAAAAUCUUAAACAGAACGAUCUUAAAUAUUUAACAAGGAGCAAAAUAAAUGGUUUGAAACAUUUAAAUGUUGAAGACGGUAUAAAUGCUCAUCUCGAAACAAAAUUUUCGAAUAUUGUUGUUGAGCAAAAUAAGACAAGUUUGUGUGUUUACGGUCUAGAGUCAAACAUGCUGUCAGAUGCAGCAAACUUUGUAGAACAAUUGAUAGUAGACCGGGUUCAACAAAUUGAGGGAAAAACUAGAAACCAGAUAGAAAGUAUAAAAAGACAUUUACAGGGCAAAUUUCAGGGAAAGAUAUUAGUAGAUACAGAUGAAGAAUCCAGAUUGUAUUUAUUUGGACUUAGACCAGAUGUUGAUGAGGCAUGUUCUGAACUUCUAGAAAUACAGGAAGUUAGAAAGUCAAUGGGUUCCAGCACACAUGACCGAUAUGACCCAAAUAGAGAUAAACAUGACGAGAGUACCUGUCCAAGAUUUUCCGAGAGAUACGAUAUUCGAAAGAAAAAACACUUAGCAUAUUUCCAAAGAUUCUUUGAAAAAAUAGAAAACAAUUACGAGGUCAAUAUUUCUAUAAAUCCGGAACAGUUUUCUUUAAAAAUUAACGGUUCAGAAGAAGGUGUUAAAUUGGCUGUAGAAUAUAUACACAAUACUGAACAAAAACUCAUAUUUGAUAGUUUCGUUGUUUCAAAGAAUACAGCCCUUCAAUUUUUUGAAUCAGAAUCAAGCAAACACUUCCUUCGCAGUAUUGAAGAGGAGUCAGAUGUUUAUCUUCAAAAACAAAGCGAAAGGAUAUUUGUCGGUGAGAAGUUGCAAGUGACAAAGACGGAACAUAAUAACAAUAAUAAAUGGACUGUUUCUGAUGGCAGAUCUUUAUUUGUGGAACAGAGUAACAUUGAAGAAGCGAUAGCCAGUGUCAAGGUUAUACCAUCUACAAGUGAUAUGAAAGCAGGAGUGCCAAUUGUCAAAGGCCAACAUAUUGUCGACUUGAGGUUGCCAGCUUGGAUUGCCGGUUUACAUUCCGAGUUUGAAGAUUUAAAAAAAGAGCUGAAGCAAAUAUUUUAUGAACUUGAUAGAGCUAACGAAAACACAGUGCUGAUAUCAUUAAAACCAACACCGGAAUGGACAUUUGAUCAGUUGAUGAAUUGUACUGCUAAAUUCGCUGUCGAAUGGUUAUUGACAAGUACUAGUGCAAAACCAACCAAAGUAAUGUUGUGUCCAGAUAAACGAGAAUUUGCAGUCACAGAUAAAUUUGUGGAUAAAUGCGUUGCAAAUUUCAUAUCAGCCACCCAGAAUAAAGAUGAGCUGAGUGUAACAGUUUGUCAAGGAGAGCUAGACAAGACAAAGGUUGAUGUACUGGUAAACACAACAUCUGCUAAUUUGGACCUUUCUAAAGGUAAUGUUUCAGCAGCUCUUUUGAAGACGGCCGGACGUGGGCUUCAGAAAGAAUGUCACAGAAAAUAUGUUAAGGGUUUACGGCAUGGGGAAAUUGCAGUUACUGGAGGAUAUGAUACAGGAUGUAGGAAAAUAUACCAUAUGGCACUGCUACCGUAUUCAACAAAGGACAGUAUAGAGGUGGUUUGUUUUGUGCUUUAUUUUGCAUUCUAUUUAUUGUCCAUUUAUAGCGAACGACAGACGAAGAAUUGUCCAUUUAUUUUUAAACUUAUAAAUGUAAAACUACAUACUUCAUCAAUAUUUUUUAAAUUUCUUUUUAAGUUCCACACUGCUUUGCACAGGUGAUUAUGAACCAGCAGAAAGUAUUCUUAGGAAAUAAUUUGUGUUCAUAUUAAUAAUGAUCAAAGUUUUAUCAUUAAUUAAGGCAUGAUAAUGUAAUAAUGUUACAAAGUAACAAAGCACACCUCCAGGUGUUAUUUGAAUAAAGAUAUUAAAUACUGUGUCGAUCAGUUAAACAUUCGUAAAACAUAACAAUAAAGCUAUUAACCUUUUCCAAAGGUACCUAUAUAUUUUUGUUAUAAUUUGCAUUAACAUUUAGUGUAACUUGAAACUGGAAGCAUGCAAUGAUUUCAAUGUAUUAGGAUGAUCGAUAUACUUAUGUAUACGUCUAAUAAAAUAUCUGUUCUGUUUUUAGCUCACCUGAGCACAAAGUGCUCAAGGGUGAGCUUUUGUCAUCACUCUGCGUCCGUCGUGCGUCCGUGCGUCGUGCGUCCUUCAAAAAAUGGCGUCAAACUUUUCAAACAACAUCUCCUCCUAAACCACAUGGCCAAUUGCAACCAAACUUUACAGAAAUGAUCCUUAGGUGGACCCCUUUCAAAGUUGUUCAAAAAUUUAAAUUCCAUUAAAAACUCUGGUUGCCAUGGCAACCAAUAGGAAAAACUUAAAAAAUCUUCUUUUAAAAAACCCUAAGAGCUAGAGCUAAGAUAUUUGGCAUGAAACAUCUUCUAAUGAGUGUCUACCAAGUUUGUUCAAAUCAAAGCCCUGGGGUCAAAAUUAGUCCCGCCCCAGGGGGUCAUUGAUUUUCUCUAUAUGCAUAUAGUAAAAACUUAAAAAAUCUUCUUUUAAAGAACUCCUCAGAGCUAGAGCUAAGAUAUUUAGCAUGAAACAUGUUCUAAUGGGUGUCUUCCAUUCCAAGUUUGUUCAAAUAAAAGCCCUGGGGUCAAAAUUGGCCCAGUCCCAGGGGGUCAUUGAUUUUCCUUAUAUGUGUAUAGCAAAAACUUAAAAAAAUCUUCUUUGAAAAAACCCAAAUAGCUGGAGUUUAGAUAUUAAGCAUGAAACAUCUUCUAGUGAGUGUCUGCAAAUGUUGUUCAAAUAAAAGCCCUGGGGUCAAAAUUGGCCCCGCCCCGGAGGUCAUUGAUUUUCCUUAUAUGACAGUGUAUAGCAAAAACUUAAAAUCUUCCUUGUAAAACCCCAGAUAGCUAGAGUUUAGAUAGUAAGCAUAAAACAUCUUCUAGUGAGUGUCUACAAAGUUUGUUCAAAUAAAAGCCCUGGGGUCAAAAUUGGCCCCGCCCCAUUGAUUUUCCCUAUAUGCAUAUAGUAAAAAAUUAAAAAAUCUUCUUUUUAAGAACCCAAUUGUAACGAUAUCAGAUACUAGUUUAACCUGCAUGAUUAUUUUACCUUGACCUUUAUAUUAUCAGUACUAUUCCAUUAAUGCUUGAAUGGGCAGUUCUUAUAUAUAGACAGGCGAUUCCCGCCACUAGCCAGUUCUGAGAUUAAACUUGAUAAGCUCACACCUGUGUUCUUACUUCAAUCUAUUCACAUUUGUGAAUUACUGAACUCCGUAUCCAUAAUAAAUAUACGUACAUAAAUUACACAAGAAAUAUUACAUGGUGUCAGAAGAAAAAAACGGAUUAAAAAAAAAGUGAAAAAAGGAUUAUAAAGCUCUCAUAUAUUAUAAACAUUUGUUAGAACAAUGGAGGGAAUUCCACCGCCGAAUAUAAAUUGGGAUAGUACCAAUUUGCCAGACGAAUGGCACAAGUUUGAAGAGCAUGCAAAAUUAAUAUUCAACGGCCCGUUACUGGAGAAGAGUGAAGAGCAGAAAGUCAGCUACCUAUUAAUCUGGGUAGGAAGCAGGGGCACAGAAGUCCGCCAAACAUGGGGUGAUAUAUCAGCAGAAGACCAGAAAAAAUUAGAAACCUAUUACACACGGUUUCGAAAUUAUGUACAGCCAAAACUCAACCCCAUCUUUGCCAGGUUUAAAUUUUAUAACGAAACGCAGGGUUCAGACAACUUCGACUCUUUCCUGACACGACUACGGAUAAGGGUUAGAGAUUGUCAAUUCGACAAGCCGGAAGAAAUGAUCCG